AUGCCCAAGGGUUCUCUGAAUUCUAUACUGUUCACCGGUAGUUCCAAAAGUAAACGGAAGGUAGUCGACUGGAAGACCCGAUUUGAGAUCGCACUAGGCACUGCAAGAGGGUUACUUUAUCUCCAUGAAGAAUGUCGAGAUCACAUCAUUCACUGCGAUGUUAAGCCGGAAAGCAUUCUGCUGGAUGGUGAUUUGUCACCUAAUUUGGUCGAUUUUUGGCUAGCAAAGCUUGUGGGUAGAGAUUUUAGUCAUGUGCCGACCACUACAAGGGGAACGAGAGGAUACUUGGCUCCAGAGUGGAUCUCCGGUCUUCCCAUCACUCCCAAGGUUGACGUCUACAGUUUUGGUACGACACUCUUGGAAAUCAUUUCGGGGCGAAGAAAUCUGGACUUAAAAGUGCAAGAUUCAAGUUUGUUUUACUUUCCCCCAUGGCUUGCAACUCAAAUUCAGCAGGGGAACACAAUGAACAUUGUGGAGGAGGGUGUUGCAGAGGAGGCAAACAUGGAAGAGGUGAGAAGUUUAUGUGUUGUAGCCUUGUUAUGCAUUCAAGAGGACGAGGAAGUGAGGCCUAGCAUGAUGCAAGUGGUGCAGAUGCUAGAAGGGAAGAUGGAGCCUCAAACUCCGUAG